AUGGCGGGGAUUGACAAGAUUGUUAUCCCGCAACUUGGAGGUGAGAAUUGGUCGGUAUGGAGGGCCAAGUUCCGAGCCCUUCUUGAGUACAAAGGGUUGUAUGUUGUUAUUGAGCAACCGGACCCGGUGGAAGGAAGAAAAGCAUCGGGGCAAGCAAAGGCUUUGAUGAACCUCCACACUCAAGAUGCCUAUGUAAAGUUGUUCAUUGGGGAGUCCACGGCUGCCAAAGCUUGGAAGAAGCUUGAGGAGAACUUUGAGAAAACAAGCAACGCAAGGGUUGUCCAACUUAGGAAGAAGUUGACAAGCUUGACGUUGACCCGGGAGAAGAGCAUUGCGGAGUAUGUGGGAGAGUUUCGCGAGAUACAGGUGGAUUUGGAGACAGCGGGUCAAACCGUGUCCGAGGUAGAGUUGGCAAUCCAUGCCUUGAAUGGUUUGCCUAAGGAGUAUGCAACUCUAGUUGAGGUCCUAGAGUUGAGUGAGGAGGAGUUGACGUUGGACACAAUUCAGCUCAUGCAAAAGGAGCAAAAGUUGAAGUUGGAAGAGAAGCUAGGAACUCCGGAGAAGGAAAAUAGUAUGGGGAACGCAUUUGUUGCCAACCGGGAACGGCCCCGAGGUGGUGCAAAAGGCGGCGGUGAGGACCGCCCGGACCGGAAGGAGUUUGCCGGUGUGGCGUUUAUGGCGUGGCGCAAAGAGGCGCGGUUGCCGGCGGAUGUGUGGCUUGUUGACUCGGGAAGCACGCAACACAUCACCGGGGAUAAGAGGCAAUUUGCAAGCUACGAGAGGCUUGCGCGUACGGAGACGAUUGAGGGGCUUGGAGGAGAAGCCUUGACGGCGGUGGGGAUUGGGCAAGUUGUCUUGGAGUGUGAGACGCCAAACGGAACGGGCAAGACGGAGCGUCGGUUUGGGAAGGUGGCACCGAAGCCGGAAAUGAGAGUGGAGAAGAAGCAAGCGGAGGUGAGGCCGGUCAAGGUCAUUGAGGUUGACCUUGAGUCGGGCGAUGAGUCGGACAACGGGGUGAAGGAGACCCAAUCGGUGGAUGUAAGCGUCGGGAAAAUGGAGACCCCAACGGAGAAGAAGACGGAGAAACACUGCGCAACGGAAGCCGUGGGAGCGGGAGCGGAAGGCGUGGAAGCAACCACAGCAGAACGCGUGGGAGCACGGAUCAACCGGAAGGACAAGGUUGAAAGCGAAAAGAUGAUGUCGCCGGAGAUGGACGGCAAGCGAUAUCCGGAGCGUACACGUGUGCCACCGGGAGAAGAUCGGAAGGGCGAGACGGGAUGGGUAACACCGAAGGCCAAGAAGCGAGCGGGUCGGAAGGGUUAG